AGGCAGCUCAAGCUUCUCUUCAGCCCACCAAGCCUCAUUUCAGCACGACCGAGAAUGAGCGACUCCAAGCCACCGUUCAACUUUCUUGGCCUCUCACCCGAAAUCCGUCUCCUGAUCUAUCAUCACGUCCUCAGCGGUAUCAUUUAUGUCAACCUUCGCCAAGACGAACCAGGUUGCAUCACCAGCUUCAAGGCGGACAUAGGCGACUACAGAUAUAAAACACUUACUCCCGCCAUCAUCCGCACCUGCAAGCAAAUCUGCCACGAAGUCGCACCCAUCCUUUACUCCAGAAACUCAUUCCUCUUGUCGCCUCGCCUCUUCAUUGACUGGCUUGAUACCAUCGGGCCUGUCAACGUCAAGUACCUUCGCUACCUCAAAGUCUUUGUGCCUCCUAUGUACACGGUGGAGAAGCCUAACAAGAUGCGCGGACCGCCACCCGGGAAGGACAGGCCAACGGAUUGGUAUGCGGUUUUGAACGAACUGGGCCGUGAAGCGACAAACUUGCGGCUUGUCACAAUAGAAUGGCAAGCAAACGUCAGACAUGGUGAAUAUGGAGGAGGCAAAGACAUGGAACUGGUCCGCUGUCUCGGAACUUUGCAUGUGGAGAAAUUGACUCUUGCUGGGUUCUAUGCACGUCAUUGGCCUGAUUACCUCAGGGCCCAGAUGGGACAAGCCAUCGUCGUAGAGAUGCCUCCCCACAACGAUUUGAUGGCAAGACGGCUGCGGGAGUUCCAAGAAGGGACCGAGGAUCUGGUUCCGUAG